AUGGACGCGAGUCAGUCGUCGUAUGAGAAGCUCAUAGUGCAGUUCAGGUCCAAUGACGUCGACAGCAAGGUUGAUGCCCUAACGAAGCUACAGACGCAUUUUGAAAAGGGCGUCUUAGAGAUCCCGGACGCUGACACCCUCAUCGGCAUCCUGAAGGCCUGUCUACGAACGUCUAACCUCCACCUCACAAAUGCCACACUGUCUGCACUUCCAGCCAUACUGCCAUCCUUAAUCACACGUCCAUCCGGUCUUGCUCAAUCCAACAUCGUCAACCCCGCUGCCUCAUCAUCAACAUCCUCCGCUUCUCCGUCCGGAGGCUUUGAUACGGUUACGCUUCGGUCAGCCCUAAACGCGUUCCUGCCGACGGGCGGGGUUGUUGACCGUCUCGGAGACAAGGAAAAGACACAGGCAAAAGCGCGUGAAACAUUGGUUCUGCUCGGUGGAUAUGCUUUCAGAGCUAGUAGUGGAAGCACCAUUUCGACGAAGUCCGGCAAAAUGCAAGAGACCCCCAUCGCUAUUUUUGAACGUGUCUUGAGGGAAGGUGGCUUGGCAAGCAAAGUGUGGAAAGUGCGAGAGCAGUCUAUCCUGACUUUGGUUCAUAUCCGGCGUGCUCACCAUCUUUUCCCGAUCCGCCCUUACCUUUCUCUUCUCGUCGACUGCUUAGAAGACACCGAUGCACACGUACGUGACUGUGCGCGUCAAUCCAUCAUUGAGCUGUUCUCUGGUCCUGGCGUUACCGACGCUGCCCGUGCAGACUUGAAGAAAGAAAUGACGAAGAAAGGUGUCAGGAAAGCGAUCGUAGAUGGGGUACUUGCGAAACUACUGGGUGGAGCUCCUCAAAAAAACGAAGGCUCAGAAAAUGACGACGUGCCAGGAGGCAAAAAGGAAUACGUCCCGCCUAGUUUGGCCCUUCAGGGAAAACGCCCCCGAGUAGCUAGCCAGACCCAAUCCCACAGCAACGCAGGCCCAAGUACAACUAUUGCACGGUCUGUAAGCCAACCGAGCGUCCUUUCUCGCCCCGCAAGCCGAGCUGCAAUGGUCUCGCCACCGCCACAAACGCCGACCGCAGAGGGCGUAGAUGUCGAGCCUGUCUACAUUGCGUCAAGCCGAGACUUGGAAAGUGAAUUCGCGGCCAUGCAAAAAAUGUUCGAGGGAAAAGAAACUGAGCAAAACUGGCUUGGAAGAGAACAAGCUAUCCAGCGAGUUCGAGGAAUGCUCAAGGGUGACGUCCAUACGCGAUACCCUGAGCCAUUCCUACUAGCAUUGAAAGAAGGAUUCAUUCAGUGGUCGCUCAAAACACUUGCGAGCUUGAGGACCACUGUUGCUGUGAACACAUGCCUCCUCUAUGCCGAAUUAAGCCUGGCCCUGGGGCCUUUACUUGACCCUCAUUGCGAGCUUCUUUUAACUCAUUUGUUGAAGAUGGCAGGUUUUACCAAGAAGCUGACUGCGCAACAAUCCCAGUCCGCAGUUACUGUCAUUCUCACCUAUUCAUCCACCCCCCCAAGAAUAAUUAUCCCAAUGCUUUGGUCAUUACUUCAAGAAAAAACCGUCCAAGCACGAGUGUAUGCUGCUGGACACUUUAAACAUUACCUAGAAGUCCAUGGCCAUCGUUCCAAGACGGCAAUUGAGACAUCGAGCGGCCUGGAAACCCUGGAAAGGGCUUUGAAGAAAGCACUCGCUGAUCCGAAUCCUUCUGUUAAAGACGGUGCCCGCCAGUGGUUCUGGGCCUUUGAAGACGUCUGGCAAGAUCGUGGGAUAGCUAUUCUGGAAAGCUUGGACGCGAUUGCACGAAAGCAACUAGAGAAGGCGUGCCCGAAUCCAGAAGUGCAAGCAGUACUACCGCCGACAACUCCAAAGCAACCAAAAAAAUCGAGUGUUGCUGCUGCCAUCGCUGCCAGUCGUGCUAAAGCAAAGGCAAUCGCAACUGCGCCACCUUCACUGCGCCACCAAGCUACAUCCUCUUCCUAUGCUGGAGGAGCCCAGCGAAGGGCUGGUUCUCCGAGUAUAUCUCCGAGGCAAUCUCUCACUCGACCUGUAUCUCCGCUGAGAGUGGCUACGUCCCCUCCUUCACCUAGUCGGCAACGUAUUGUUUCUGCGACUUUGACACGUUCAACGAGCGCAACAAACCCAUCGACGACGACGCCAUCACAUUCCCGAACACCGUCGGCUGAGAAGUUAGUAGACAGUGCACGAUCCGCGUCCCCCUCCCUGUCAGAUUCGGGAGCAAGAAGGCGUACAUCCUCCCCUCUAUCUGGUGCCGCUACCGGUUCCAGUAUUCGUGAGGCUCUUGCAACUGCCUUACCCGCUUCGCCUCCACCUUCAGUUGGUCAAAUAUCCCCUACCCCACGCGGCCCGGCCACUAGAAAUGGCGCCGCUCCUCUCCUAUCACGACAAUCCUUGGCCCAGAUCCCUGCUCACGACGACGCCUCUCUUCUUAUGGCACAAACUGUUCCGAUACCAGAAGACGACACAGAUUCAGAACACUCGAUUAACCUUAUGUCUUUCUCCGCUCCUUUCGAAAAAUAUCCUCCCAAGCAGUCUGUUUCUGAUUCAAGACCGAGUGCAUCUGUGUCGAAUGCCCUCUCAUCGGGGUCUAUCUCAGACAUGACGGUCAGCCAACAACCGAUCGUCGAGGAUGCUCUCCGAGCACGAGCGGAGCAAGCAGAGAGCGCUGCAGAGCGACUCCUGGAACUCGUGGAACCCGAGGAUGAGGGGAUGAUGCAUCAUCCUUCACUUCCUGCUUCGUUGUUGAGAACAACGAAUGGGCAGAAGCAGCCAACCCCCAAGCCAAAGGCAAAGCCUGCGCCACUGCCAAUAAAAUCAGGAAAAGCGGCGCCUGUGACCCCCAGCAAUCGAGCCAGUAUGAUUAUGAGGCAAGCUGCCUUGUUUACUGACAGUCCAGCGCAAAAUGGGAAGUCUGGAUCUUUACUUGAUGUGCUGCAGAAUCGGAAGCUAGAGACGGGUUGGUGGCUCAAAAGAAAGACACUUCUCGCACAGGCAACUCCUGUCAGUGCAAUUGUCUCUCCAGAGAGAGUGCAGGAGCUUGACGGCCUAAUAGCCAGUCUGGAUAGCGGCCAGGCGGAUGUUGCAACCUUAAAACAAUUGGCCCUUAUUUGCAUGGCCAAUACGGUUGCAGACCUCCCCUCUCCCCCACUAAGUCUUGAGACUUUCCCUACCAGCCCUACGCCAUUAGACACAUCACGUUCGAUACCUGCGCUAUACUCUGAUAUAUGGGAGAAGAACAACACCUUCGACAAGCUUUUCAAGGCUUUGAUCAAAUAUUCAGUGCCUACCAGGACAGAGGAUGAGCUAGCCUACAGCCUUAUAAUUGCGUGGGAAAUGCUCGAAAGUCAAUCAGUUUAUCUCGAGGGCAAGGAAGGUGAUAUGUUCUUAAUGAUCUUAAAUGUUCGCUAUUCCAACACGGCGAAUGUUCUGGAAGGAACAAAUGCAAUCCGAGAUGCUCUUACCGCCAAACUCGAUCCAGUAUACGGCCUGACGACGAUGCAUGCAAGCCUUAAGGUUUUCCACUCAGAAGCACCACCGAGCCCUGAUGAGGAAGAAAUGAAGGCUGCAACCUAUGCCUUUGGUCUGAUGGCUCUAGGGAAAUUCAUCCUCCGUCUGCCAGCUGAGAUAGCAGAAGAAGAGCUUCCUCGCCUCAAAGGAACACUGAUUACAGCUCUAAACGAUCGAUCCUCUCUCAUUGUGCGAGAGUCGGCUGCCGCGUCUAUUAUCGCUGCGCAGCUCGUACUGCGUGACGAGACCCAUCUAUUUACGCUCCUUGACGGACUUGCGGACGAGAAAAAGAAUCUCCUCACAUACUUGUUCGACAAGCAUUCUGCUCGUAGCGUUGGCAGCCCUAACCCCCAGACCGGAAUGGACAAGCUGGAAAAGGAGAUGAGAAGACUAGACAAUCGCACAAGCACGCCUCUUCGAGGUGGGCUUUGA